AUGGCUUUGAGCAGAGUUUUUUUUUCCGACUUGAGGUCGGGUUGCUGCUCCCCCGCCGUCGAGGUCCGCCUGCUCCGGUUCUGGGAGGCGAGAAAUCCACGCCGGGGUGGCGAAAUGAUGUGGAUUGACAUGCUUUUGGUCGACGUCAAUGCAACUAUUAUGCAGGCGACCAUUAAUGCUAGCCGUGUGGGAGCUUUCCGACCAAAACUCACCACCGCAUGUUUGCUAAAUCUUUAUAAAACUGAUGUCUCUGUCGCAUUGAGCCUCUUCGAUGCCGAAGCUGUUGAUUUCCACCAGAAACUAGACAGAAUGCUUAUUGAUCCAAAAGUCAUUGUUGCUACCAGCAUCAAUCCCAAAAUGGUUGGAGGCCGUUUAUUCCUCAAUGCAACUUCUGGAACCCACAUCUACUUUGACAAAGAGACCACUGCAGGGGAGACCUUUUUCUAUCGAUUGGUGGCCAGAGACACUGGACUUCCACCUGCUGCACCUCUGCUGAAAGGAUAUGCUAAAGUGGAGUCACUAACCAUAGCUGAGCUCAAUUCAUUCAUCAUCACGGCUCCAUCACAGUGUGUCGGUUGA